GGUCCCCACUAACCCCAGGGAUCUGUCCUGAGCAUCCUCACCAACCCCAAGGGUCCAUCCUGAAGGUCCCCACUAACCCCAGGGAUCCUGUCUUGGUUGGGCAUCUCCCUGGUGUCAGAUGUUUCCCCCCACAGCCCCUGGGUGCCCUGGGGGUGUCCCUGGGGUGUCCCCAGCUCGUUGUCCCCUCCCCAGCCCUGCUCUUCGAUGGCAGCACCAACCCCGCGCACCCCAAACACAUCGGGAGCAUCGACCCCCACUGCAACGUGGCCAACGUGGUGAGAGAUGCCUACAACAUGGCCAAGCUGCUGUGUGACAAAUACUACAUGGCCUCACCUGAGCUGGAGAUCGAGGAGGUCAACGCCUGCAACGCGGAGCAGCCUGUGAGCAUCGUCUACGUCCCGUCCCACCUGUACCACAUGCUCUUCGAGCUCUUCAAGAAUGCCAUGAGAGCCACGGUGGAGAGCCACGAGAACAGCCCCCGGCUGCCGGCCAUCAGGGUGAUGGUGGCCCUGGGCCAGGAGGACCUGUCCAUCCGGAUGAGCGACAGGGGCAUGGGGGUGCCCCUGAGGAAGAUCGAGCGCCUCUUCAGCUACAUGUACUCGACAGCCCCCACCCCCCAGCUGGGCUCCGGGGGGGCCCCCCUG